GGGGUGACUCAGCCGCCGCUCGCCCCGCGGUCCGCGCGUCCGCCGGCCUCGCAGGCGGGGCGGAGAAAAUGGCGAUGCCCCCGGCCGCAGUGCCCCCCGCCCGGGCCCGGGAGCCGCCGGGGCCCCCUGCCGCCGCCGCCGCGCCGCCGCUCGGCCUGCAGCAGCUGUCGGCGCUGCGGCCCGAGCCGGGCGGGGUCCCGCUGCACUCGCCCUGGACCUUCUGGCUCGACAGAUCCCUCCCUGGUGCCACAGCAGCUGAGUGUGCAUCGAAUCUGAAGAAAAUCUACACAGUACAGACCGUACAGAUCUUCUGGAGUGUGUACAAUAAUAUUCCUCCUGUAACUAGCCUGCCUUUGAGAUGUAGUUAUCAUUUAAUGAGAGGAGAGAGGCGACCACUUUGGGAAGAGGAGAGUAAUGCCAAGGGUGGUGUGUGGAAGAUGAAAGUUCCCAAGGACAGCACGUCCACAGUUUGGAAAGAGCUGCUCUUGGCGACUAUCGGGGAACAGUUCACAGACUAUACCGCUGCAGAUGACGAAGUAAUAGGAGUUAGCGUCAGUGUUCGGGACAGAGAAGAUGUCGUCCAAGUCUGGAAUGUAAAUGCCUCUUUGGUGGGUGAAGCAACAAUUUUAGAAAAGAUCUAUGAACUUCUGCCCCACAUAUCUUUUAAAGCAGUAUUUUAUAAACCCCAUGAAGAGCAUCAUGCUUUUGAAGGUGGACGUGGAAAACACUAAUUGCACUCUGUAAAGAAUUCUUUGUCCUUUGCUGAUUGGUUUUGGAAACGGUCUUAACAGGAGGGAGAGUGAAGAGAAGACUUGCCGAAGCUCGAUGCUGGUCAAUUUAGAGUGGGUUUCUGUCCAUGCAGAUUGGGCAAUUAGGACUCCAAGUGGCAGGUGGGGUGGGGGGAGAUGGUUUGGGUUUCUACCGUCACAUUACUUGCUUUUUUUUUUUUUUUCUUACCAAAUUCUGUAUUCCUUUGACUUUGGUUUUUUUCUUUCUUUUUCUUCCCCCUUUUAAAUUCGUUAUUCAGUCUAAUUAUUGUCUCCUACACUCCCCUUUCAUUGAGGCGCAAGAAAUUGGUCUCCCUUUAAGUAGCACUGCUCUACCUAGUUAAUGAGACUUGCACAAUCGUGACAGUACUGCUUUGAAAACCACACCAUUUGUGGAGGAAUACUAGUGUGGUGAAACCUGUUUUUUGAUUAUUUGUUAUGACACAUUCCUACAAACUGCGCACUGGUCCUUGAUUUUUUUUCUGUCCCAGGGAAAAGAAAAACCAUACUUAAUCUGAGUUUGCACUGACAGCACACAUAUCUUUUCUUUAUCCUUUUUAAAAGUGUUUUCUUAGCAAUAAAAGGAAGAUAAUAGUUGGGUCGCCUAACAUGGGAACUGUAAUCAGAGUUGAGUAUCAGGAUAUAAAUCAAAGGCUUAAGUUUUUGGACCCUCUGUGGAAAUAUUUCUAACCAGAAUUCAAUUUGGUCUUGUCGAAGGAAGGCUUGGAGUGGUGGCAAGGGAUUUCUCCCAAUAGGAAGUCUUAUAUUUUCUGAUUUAAAGAGAUGAUAUUUUAAUUGUUCACAUUAAACGUCAUUUCCAAUAAUCGAUAGUCUCCCAGGCUGAGCAGCUUUCAAACCCUGCCUUUUUCAUUUAGCAGCAGCAAGUUUAAUGUGAUCUCCAGGAUGAAUGGGAACAUUCCCAAAGUUGAACUUUGAGUGCAUUCUGCUCGCAUUCAUUUUUGGAAUUGUUGGUAUAUACCGUAUUAUGUUACCAAAGAAACACUGGUCUUGGUAGAAGGAAUUGGCCACGUCUGGAACACUGAGCCUCCAAAGGGCCACUUGCCCCCUCUUGACUCUGCCCCCGCUCCAUUUGCUUCUACCUGAAAAGGGCAGGGCCAUUGGCAGAGACUUGCUCUCACUGGCUUUCCUUGAAGCCAGAGGAGCUCGGGUAUGCUUAGGCAUUGCAGGAAGGGACCGGGCACUCAGAGCUUCAUUAUACCCAGGAUUUUAAUUGUUCUUGCAGUGUUGAUUAGCAGAGAGAGGGGAGGCUACUUCAGACCUCCAACCUGUGUUUGUAAAUAAAAUUCCCCAUUCAAACACUUUAAAGGACUUCCAGUAAUACCUGUUUAUAAAAGCUGUGUCAGUCACUUGCAUUACUAAGCACAUCAAACAUAGUAACAAUGAUCAUAGUCUUAAAAAACUGCUUUGUUUCUAAGCUUAAGUUUCUUCAGUGAUUUUUAAAUGAGGUAUAAGGAUAUCCGACUCAUUUUUCAAAAGCUUGGAAUUUGUUUCUCUAAAUGUCAUACUAACAUCCAACUUGUUUUUAAAUUAUUCAAGGAUUUAAAAAAUUCUGAACAUGAAUUUCAAAAUUUUUUUAAAUUGUUUUUCAGAUAGAUUAGAAAAAAAGGAUCACUGAAUUAUCUUCACUAUAAUUGUCAUCUAUUUCCCUAAGUAAAUGGAUUUUGAAGUAUCUUUAUUUUUGAACUUUAUUUAAAGCAUUGUGAUGACGUGUUCAAUUUUUGCAUGUAUGUAGCUUUUGAAGUAAAAAAUAAAUAGGAAUGUUAGGCCUCCCAUUAAUGUUUACUAGUAUGUAUUGUUUAUGAUUACGGAACAUGGUUUAACACCCAGAGCAGAUUUUUGCCCCAGAGAACUUGUGCAACUUUUUGUGACCCUGUGGAAAAUACCAGCUGUGAGGAUUUAGCUUGCCAAAUGUUAAGAACCUAUCUUCUAUGUGACUUUAAGAAGAGGAUUUUGUCAGAUUUUUCUUUGGAAAUUGUUUUAAUUGAAUAUUUCAUUCAUCAUAGACUUUGUAUGAAUUAAGCUGAUUUAAUCCGCUUGAAAGGCUCUCAUUACCUUCUUGGAUUAAAAAAGCUAAUACUCUUUUGAGAUUCGAGGACAUAUUUUGUGGGGCCUGUGACCUUUGUGUCAGGGCCGGGGCACCCAGCCUGGCCAGUGUAGGGAAGGGAAGAGCUUGCAGGAGAGGUGUGUUUUCUUCAGCCAAGUCCUUGCAGCUGCAAACUGUGUUCCCCGCAUAGAGCCAUACGGAAACCAGAGGGCGCACUUCCUUCUCUUUGUCUCCCUUCAGUGUGUGCGAUGGAGAGCCAGGGCCUCUGAUCAAAACCCAUGUGCUCUUUGUCCUUCCGUUAUUCCAGAUGAGGCUGUCAGAGCACAGGUGUUUGCUUUCAUCAGGAUGUGUACACCCUUUACAUAGGGAUGGAGAAUUCCCUUUAAAGUAACUGGUCUGCGUUUCAGUUUCCUUUCGUAAGCUCUUCUUGAAGUGCUGACUUACUCCUUUCCCUCCGUGGCCAUCACUUUUUCACAUUUCUUAAAUGAGGGUGUAUAGUUUACAGCCAGUCUGUAUAUUUAAUAUAAAGUGGCUAUUAAAUUUGCCAUGUAAAAUCGAUGGCCAAAAAGGCACAAAAAGGAAAACACAACUCUAGUAAACUUUGAAUAGUUAAGUUUAAACUUCUCAACUCUCUUCUUGAAUUCUUGUGUACAGCAUACACACAGAUACAUGCAAAGUGCUAUCUACCCACAGAGCUUUGACCAGACCUGUCCCUUGUGAAAGGACAUGGAGCUUGCAAGCCACAGAGCUGGGCAUUGACGUCUGAAAGCUACGUCCCAGUCCAGGCUUCCUUAAACAGAGAACACUCAAAGCCUGGCAACCUAACCCCAGAAUGCCCCCUUCAAGCUCUAAAUAAUCUGAUCCAAUCUGGCCACCAAUGGGCCUGUACGUAAUCAGGUGUUCUUGCUAUAAAUAGCCCUCAUUUUCUGCCUCUCUCUGGGUUAUAGUUUGGUGUUUGCAAAUAAGCUCAUUACGACUGGAGGUGUGCCUUUGCUAAGAGACACUCACCUCUUAGAGGAUCCCAACUGCUGUACUUACACAAAACUGACAACAUUUGGAGUGAUCACAUGGUGGCGCUGCCUUCCAGCCAACAGUUCUGCCUCGGCAGCCUAAUUUGUCCAGCUGUGUUUGUGUAAAUUAUUUUAAGAUAUUCCUACAUUUUGCUCUUAUGGUUCUGUAAAACUUUGCUUAGACAGUACCAACAGAAGUUUAGCUCACCUAUAACCUAAUAAAAAUGUGUUAAAGAUAGAACUUUCUGGAUGUGCUUUAGAAGUCUCAAAUGUUAGGUUUUCAUUGAGCCUAUAAGUAGUUAUGAAGAGAAUGACAUAAACUAGCAUAUAGGAAAUACCAGAAAUAUUUCAUCAAAUAUUGUGCCCAAAGGGAGAAGUAAAAUUAGGGUUUGAUUUUUUUUUAAUUUUAGCUUUCUAAAUAUGGAACUCCCCUUUAAAAAUAUGUCUACUGUUCCCCUUUCCUAUAUUGUAUGUUUCUGUAAGAUUUCACUCAUUACAAAUGAAAAGUAGAGGACUGCCUGUAGGUAGUUUAUUUCUUAAAAGAAUAUAUGCAGGGUUACUAAAAAUGACAGGAGAGUUUGGUGACUCAGGAUUGUAAACGCCUGGAUAAUUGCCCCAACUACUGAGAGGAAUCAGAGGUGAGGAGGAAAAAGAUAGUAACAGAGGUGUGGUCACAAGCCCUUGGUACCUAUGCUCCUGUGUAGCAACUAGACUGGGUUAUCCCUCUACUCCAAUGAGGAGAAAGCCCAAUUAAGAGUCCUUACACAUCCAAUUAUACUCUUCAGUUUUUGUUUUCUUGUUACCUGUGCAUGAAAAUCUUAGAACACUUCUUAUUUAGGUCAGCUCAUUCAGGCUAAAAGUCACCAUUUGUAUUGUAGAGAUAACUCAUCCUGCUGACACAACUCCAUUUUUAAAAGAAAACUCACAGACUCUUCGAAUAUAUGAGUGGAAGGGACCUUCGAGAUCAUCUACCAGUGCUUCUCACCCCUUAGCAUGCAGAAGAAUCACUGGGGUACUUAUUUAAUAUGCAAAUUUCUCGACCCCCAACUCUAGAGAUUAUGAUUCAGCAGAUUUGGGAGGUCUAGAUAUCUGCCUUUUUAGCAAGUCCCCUGGUGAUUCUAAUGUGGAUGGUCCUCAGACCUCCCUUUAAGAACCCCUGACUCUAUCCACCUCCCACAUAUGACACAUGAGGGCAGCCUCUCACCCUGAGCUUUCUCAGUUGACUGAUUCAACUGUAUAAUACCAACCACCAUGUAGGGGCUUGGAGAAAGCCAUUAUAACUAAGAUUUGAGCAGAUUAUGCUUGUAAAUAUAAACUUUAUGGCUAGGACCACAGGAAUAUUGAGUAGCCCAUCUCUGGAAGUCCAUGAUAUAAAACCUUUAAUACAGAGUGGUGGCUUUUUUCGUUCUAAAUACCGUUUCAGCCUGUUAAGAGAAAAGAAAUUAAUGUUCAGAAAAAGUAGUUACUCCAUAUGUGUGGUAACUACUUUUCUAUAAUAUCUUAUGGCAUCUGGGGUUCAGCAUCAUUGAACAAGAUUAAAUGAACAUUAUAGAGCUAUAAAAUUGCAUGUAAAAUAACUCAAAACUGUUCAAUGACUAUCAGAGUAGGCUGGGAAUGAAUUUCCACUAAAACUGUCACUCCUGGACGUAACUUAGCAAAGCUGCUACUAAAAUGGAGGGAUUCUUUAAUUCACAGAAGUGUCAAAAAAAAAAUCA